GUGCUGAGUCUGGAUGGGGGCACGGGGACUGCAGGGCCCGGGUGGGAGACCCCGGGGGAAGGGCUGCCUCUUGCUGGCUGUAGCAGGAGCUACUUCUCUGGUGACCUUGCUGUUGGCAGUACCUAUCACUGUCCUGGCUGUGCUGGCCUUGGUGCCCCAGGAUCAGGGACGGCGGGUGGAGAAGCUCACUGGCUCAGGAGCACAGGCUCGAAAACGACUGGAUGACAGCAAACCAUCUUGCCUCUUGCCCUCACCCUCCAGCCUCUCAGGGACUCCUGACCCCGGUCUGCGUACCCCGAUACCCUCUUCUUCCAAGAAUCUAGGCUCCCCAUCCCAGGGGCCGGUUGCACAGUUCUCUCGGGAGGCAUCUGCAAGGGUGACCACCCUGUCUCCAGCCGUGGGUUCUUCACCAGAUCCAGGGGUUCAACAGCUGCCAAAGGGGGGGCCAGAAACUGAUCUCAGCCCCGAGUUUCCUGCUGCCCACCUCAUAGGCGCUUGGAUGAGCGGGCAAAGGCUCGGUUGGGAGGCGAGCCAAGAAGAAGCGUUUCUGAGGAGCGGCGUGCAGUUCUCGCGCACCGACGGGCUGGCGCUGCCGCAGGACGGCGUCUAUUACCUCUACUGCCAGGUCGGGUACCGGGGCAGGGCGCCCCCUGCCGGCCGAGGCCGCGCGCGCUCGCUCACUCUGCGCAGCGCCCUGUACCGCGCCGGGGGCGCCUACGGGCGGGGCUCCCCCGAGCUGCUGCUGGAGGGCGCAGAGACCGUGACCCCUGCGGUGGACCCCGUCGGGUACCGGUCUUUGUGGUACACGAGCGUGGGGUUCGGCGGCCUGGUGCAGAUCCGGAGCGGCGAGAGGGUGUACGUCAACAUCAGUCACCCAGACAUGGUGGACUCCAGGAGAGGGAAGACCUUCUUCGGGGCGGUGAUGGUGGGGUGACGGCGGUCUGCACCCCUGAGGACUGACGGUGCAUCAUGAUGUCCGGAGAGUCGGGGAGCCUGGGACGUCAUGAUCGGGGGGAACUGUAGGACAUGAAUCUUGAAAAUAAAGAAUGUAAAC